AAGCCCAGUCCACAACUCCUAAUUCUCCUAGUCCUUAGCCGCAAAGAAAGAACCGAAGGAAGAUGCAGAUUCACGGGAUUGCCGAUUUGGGAAGAAGCCGAAGAAGAACACGAUUCACGAAAGACGACGUUACGACGCCGCCGCACGCCGUCACGCCGACCCCCAGCCUCUAGAAAUAAUUCAAUAGCUAUGGCUCCUAAACAAUUCUCUGGAAGUCAAAAAAAGAGAAAACAAGACGAAGAAAUGAGAAACUCUCAAGCAGGAACUCUAUAUAAGUUUAUUAAACAUGUUGUUGAAGACAAAGAAGAUUGAUGGAGAAUCGGCGGCGGAUAGGGAUGAUGACGGCGGCAGUGGCGGUGGUGGCCGCCGUGAUGGGCUGGGCCGCUGCCGGGCAGCAAUUCGACGCCAUGUUUGUGUUCGGAGAUUCGUUGGUGGACGCCGGGAACAAUAACUACCUGGUCGAUUCCUUGGCGAAAGCUAAUUAUGUACCCUAUGGUAUCGAUUUCCGAGGCCCUACCGGCAGUUUCUCUAACGGCAAAACCAUCGUUGAUUAUCUUGGGGAUUUGUUAGAGAUUCCCGUUGUUCCAGCCUAUGCAGAUCCAUCUGCAACAGGAAAAAAUGUUCUUAAAGGAAUAAAUUACGCUUCAGCUGCAGCUGGAAUCCUUAAUGAGACUGGCCGAACGUUUGGUGAUAGAUUUACCUUCUCCCAGCAAAUUGAAAAUUUCCAGAGGACUUUGAAAUAUCAAUUACAGAGAGAGAUGAGGGAGGAAGAACUCAUUGGUUAUUUGAACAAGUCAUUAGUUGUUAUCUCCAUUGGCAGCAAUGACUACGUUAAUAAUUAUCUUCUUCCAUCUCUUUACUCCACUAGCUACACUUACAAUCCCACAAACUUUGCCGAUCUUCUUGUCGAACACUUCUCCAAGCAACUCACAGUACUCCAUGGCUUAGGCCUUCGAAAGUUCCUUCUGGGUGGCAUUGGACCGCUGGGUUGCAUUCCGAACCAGUUGGCCACUCAAGCAGCCCCACAAGGGCAAUGCGUGUCGCAUGUAAAUGACAUGGUGGAACACUUCAAUUUUCGAUUGAGUGAUCUCGUUGACCAACUCAAUCGAGAUUUAGUCCCCUCGGUCUUCGUUUACGGAAACACUUUCCUUGCGUUUAGCAACAUAAUCACAAACGCAUCUACAUAUGGAUUUGUGGUGAAGGACCAAGGAUGUUGUGGGAUUUCAAAGCUACAAAUAACAUGUCUUCCAUUUUCUGUCCCAUGUCCAGACAGGACAAAGUAUAUUUUCUGGGAUUCUUUUCAUCCAACACAAGCGGUUAACCAAAUUCUUGCUAAGAAUGCAUAUUCAGGGCCACCUUCUCUUUGUUAUCCCAUGAAUGUUCAACAAUUGGCACACCAAUGAGUCCGACUGUGUGUCAUAUGAUCGGCACUCAAUGUUCAAAAAAUAAAAAUCAUAGAAUAAUAUCAGCUUUCUCGUUAUGGAUGACAACCGUUUUGUAAAUAUGUACGUACACAUGAUAUAACUGUACAUGAACCCAAUGUGUGUUCAGAGAUAGAUGAAUACAUCCCGUUGUUGGGACCGCGCAUGCCUUCACCCUAACUUCGCAUUAGUAUGAUAUUA